UUAGUCAGUCAGGCUGGGAAGCUGAUGGACAGGCGAGCGAAAACCUUGAAAUACCUUCAUGCAGACUCAUUUAGAAGGCCAGACCAUUCAGAAAAGCUCCAUAAGUUGAGCAGACUGGAGGAAUUAUGUGUCAUUGUGUCACCAUGUGCUUUAAAGCCCGCAACAGCCAACUACUGGAGCUUUAAGAGCCGUAGUCCACGUCACUCUCAGUCCACUCAGUCAGGUUUGGCAGACCAGGCGUCUAAACUGUCCUUCGCCUCUGCUGAGUCUCUGGAGACCAUGUCUGAAGCCGACAUGCCGCUGGGCUUUAACCGCAUGAACCGUUUCCGCCAGAGCCUCCCGCUCUCCCGCUCCGCAAGCCAGAAUAAACUGCGCUCUCCAGGUGUGCUGUUCCUCCAGUUUGGUGAUGAGACCCGGCGUGUUCACAUCACCCAUGAGCUCAACAGUCUGGAGACACUGCAUGCACUCAUCGUGCACAUGUUCCCUCAGAAACUGACCGCAGGAAUGCUGAAGUCGCCCAACACGGCCAUCCUGAUCAAAGACGAAGCCAGGAAUGUCUUCUACGAGCUGGAGGAUGUGAGGGACAUACAGGACCGCAGCAUCAUCAAAAUCUAUCGCAAAGAGCCCAUCUACGCCUCCUAUCCCGCAGCUCAUCUGGCCAACGGAGACCUCAGG